CUUUAGGGUAUGCGUAAUCAAAAAACCUGGUAACUCUGCGCACUCCAAAAUAAAUUAUUUUAUUAAAUUGAUAAAAAUUAAGGAAACAAAGCCCCCCUUGGAAGACAACUCAGCCCCAGCAAGCAGGUUUCUCCCCCAAAACUACCACUAUGGUGUGCGUACCUUGCUUUAUCAUUCCACUGCUGCUGUACAUCUGGCACAAGUUCAUCCAGCCCAUCGUGCUGCGCUACUGGAAUCCCUGGGAGAAGAAGGACGCCGAGGGCAAUGUGAUCAAGAAGGGUCCCGACUUCCCCUUCGAGUGCAAGGGCGGCGUGUGUCCCUUCGUGCCGGGCUCCAAGAAGACCCCAGCCGCCGACAGUGAUGCCAAGCAACCAGACGAUCCUCACUCGACAACGAGUACAGUCGCAGCAUCGGAGGCUGAAGAAACCAAAAAGGAAAUCUAGUCGAAAUUCCAGAAACACAAAACAAUAUCCUAAUAUGUAGUCUUUUUUUUUUGCUUGUCUGUAAGGAAAACCACGCACACAGCACACAAAAACCAAUUCAACAUCAUGCGAUGUGUGGUGGGCGGCGAUGGGCUGGGGGGCGUGGCCCCGAGGGAACACUAAAAGCACUCAACGAGUAAUUAUCUUUAAUUAAAUGUACACCUUGACCACGCGAAAAUGAUGUUCUUUCCUUUGGGUUUACGUAGAGGUCAAAGGUUAACUUCACAGAGUUCCACUAGUUGAAUUAGAAAUAUUUUAUUUAACUCUAUAAAAUAGUAUAUUUUGUGUACUGCUUGGAGACCAACAGGUAAAUCAAUAAAUUCUAAGGAAUCUAAAGAAUUCGCUGCUAUUUCUGUUUAACCUCUAAGUAUCUUUUGUAAACCAAUCCCAAAUGAUUGUGCAAAUAAAAACACCUUGUUUUUAAAAUAA